UCUCAGCUUGGUUUAAUGUUAGUCGAAACUCCCUCAAAAAAGGUUUGUUAUCACAAGUGGAGAAUGAAUACCCCUGAGUUAGUUUUGUUUCUUGUUGUGUUGGGAUGUUGUGCAAACGUUAUAAUUUGUCAAGAAAUGUGGACAACAUGUUCUAGAAGUUGUGGAGAUGGUUUACAGAUGAAGGUACAACUAUGUAGAGAAGUGACUGGUUGUGAUCCGAUACUCCGAAAGUGCAACCUCCGAAGAUGUCCACAAGUCGGACGAGGAUGGUCAAAAUGUUCUAAGACGUGUGGAGGGGGAUUUUCUAAAUUUAAAUGCCGUGGCCGUUGUCCGAAAAAAUUGAGAAUGCCGUGCAACACACACAGAUGUCCCAAUACAAGGCCAAUCAGUCAAUGUACAGAUCAUCCAUGUGUCCAUGGACGCUGUACGGAAGUACGGGGAGGAUUUUUCUGCUAUUGUGAUUCUCCUUACUCUGGUGAUUUUUGCGACAAAUCCCCUGAAACACAAAAUCCGUGCAAUCCCAACCCAUGCAAAAAUGGCGUUUGUAUGCAAGAAGAAGAUGGAUAUAAAUGCAACUGUGAGCGCGGGUAUUCAGGAACGAAUUGUGAUAAUGUAAAAUCUAUUGACUGCCCACAAUGUAUUCAUGGGACAUGUAUUGGGAAAAGAAACGGUGGAUACAAAUGUAAAUGCGAUGAAGGAUAUGCAGGACGACUUUGUCAAAAAGUAAAAUCAUUUGACUGCACUAAAUGUAUCCAUGGAACAUGUAUUGAUAAUACUGAUGGUGACUACACAUGUGAAUGCGAUGAAGGAUAUACAGGAGUGCGUUGUCAAAAAGUGAAAAAUUUUUGUAAAAGGAGAACGUGCAAACACGGGGGAUUUUGUGAGAACAUAUUUGGUGGAUAUAGGUGCACCUGCCCAAAAGGGUACACCGGAAAGCAAUGUGAAAUAAAGACAAUAUCGGUGGAUCAUUGCGACCCCAAUCCCUGCUUGAACGAUGGAGUUUGUAGAAACGGUCCAGAUGAUUUCUUGUGCAUGUGUAAAAGUGGAUAUGAAGGGAAUAUUUGUGACAAUAAAUUAUCGGUCGAUCACUGCGACUCGAAUCCCUGCUUGAACGAAGGAUAUUGUAGAAACGGUCCAGAUGAUUUCUUGUGCAUGUGUAAAAGUGGAUAUGAAGGGAAGAUUUGUGAUAAUAAAAUAUCGGUGGAUCACUGCGACCCCCAGUCCUUGCUUAAACGAAGAGCUGUAGAAACGGUCCAGAUGAUUUUUGGUGCACUGUGUAAAAGUGGAUAUGAAGGGAAGAUUUGUGAUAAAACUGUUGAUCGCUGCAAUCCUAAUCCAUGCUGAAUGGAGGAGCUUGUAGCAAUGUGGCAGGAUGAUUUCUUCUGCAUGUGCACACCUGGUUAUGAAGGAAAGAUUUGUGGAGAUGCUGUUAAUUAUUGCGAUCCAAAUCCCUGCUUAAGAUGAAGGAAGUUGUAGAAACUGGUCCAGGUGGCUUUUCGUGCCACAUGUAAUCGUGGAUACGAAGGGAGACUUGUGAGAUGGUGAGUUAGUACCGUGUUUCCC